UUAAAACAUGUCGAACCACAAUCUGCGGAUCAACUUUCACAGAUGUAGGGGCCAAACACCAUAGUACAAACAGGUUUAACAACGUUCAUUCUUGCUGGUUGUCCGGGACAGGGACAGACAUACAUACAAAUCUGUGUCUCUUCACUGACGUUGUAACAGGAUGUUGACUGCGAUUAUACUGGGGGCAGCUGUUGGGCUGUUCAUCGCCUACAUUUAUCAGUGGAAACGGAAGUAUAGCAAGAUGCCUCCUGGUCCAAAACCACUGCCAGUUCUGGGCAAUUUCCAAGAAAUAAAAGACUCUACAAUGCUCUAUGAUCUCACUAGAUUGGGUUCGCAACACGACGGCAUAUUCACCGUCCAUUUGUUAAUGGAACCUGUACUCAUUUUGGACCAGUUCCACACCAUAAGGGACCUCCUUCUUUCUCCUGCAUAUGCUGACAUCUUUAGUGGAAGGGUUAAUUCAUACAUUAGCAAGUAUUUGCUUCCGGAUGAUUUGUUUUUCCAGACGGCUAGUGACACACAGCAAUACCUGAGAAAACUGACCUUUCGAGGAAUAAAACGAUAUGGAACUGCUCUGAAAAAUGUUGAGCAUCUUGCCCAAGCAGAAAUACAAGAAAUGAUAAACAGGUGCAGAGAACGAAAUGAAGUCUCUUUUGACCCGUGGAAUGACCUGAACCAAUAUGUCAGCAACGUGAUCUUGGUUAUGCUUUGUGGACGAAGAUUUCAACUUGGCCAUAAGACACUGGAAAAUUGUCAGAAAAUUUCAGAUGCCUAUGUUGUCCUUUUACACCACAAGAACCAGUUUCUCAUUGACAAUGUCCCGUUUAGUACGACGUUGAUACCACAGCUGAGACACGCUUGCCAAUCUUUGAAGGAUGGUUGCCACUAUUUUACCGAAACUUUUGACAAAAUAUCACAGGAAUCCAAGGAUACGACGCCCAACUGUCUCUACACUUUGCUUUUACAAGAGCAUGAGGAGGGAUUGAUAUCAACGGAAAAUAUAAAAGGUGUCAUGGUGGAUUCGGUGCUUGCAGGUGUUAUCACAACAAAACCAACCAUGUACAAUGCCCUAGCUGCAAUGGUAAACUUCCCUGAGGUCCAGAAGAAGAUCCAGGAGGAGAUCCAGAGAGUGGUUGGAAAGGACCGACUUCCUGGUUUUGAGGACCGGAACGAAAUGCCCUACAGUAAGGCUGUGGAAUUAGAAAUACAUCGCUUCUACACUCCUGUCGGUACGCCUGGACCAAGAAACACUACCCAAGACUGCAGCUAUAAAGGUUACAGCAUCCCCAAAGGCACAAGGGUUAUUUACAACGUAUGGCGUGUACACCACGACGAAUCAUUUUGGGAGAAUCCCUUCACGUUUGAUCCAACCAGAUUCUUGGAUGAUAAUGGCGAACUUCUGCCAUCGGAGGAUGAAAAGCGUCAGAGACUGCUGACGUUUGGUGUCGGAAAGCGUUCUUGUAUUGGUGAGAAGCUGGCCCGAGUCAGGAUAUUUCUUGGACUGACGUCUAUCCUGCAAAACUUCGACCUUGUUCGUGAUCCGUCGGAGCCUUUCCCUUCAUCCGACCCAAGCACAUACGAGCCUAAAUUUAUCUCACAACCACCUCCAUACAAGCUGCAGUUCAAACCUAGACAUUGAGAGCCAUAAUGUCCCUGCUUACGACACACCGUAAGUUUUGAGAUUUGUCGAAAGGGUCAGAGCUUCUGUCGUGAGCCAUUCUCCCUGAUAACCCCUAAAUUUACAUGUAUCUCGACAGGAACUAAUUGCAGUCAUUAUAGCUAUGGAUAUACAUGUGACGUCUUCAUAAUCAACCCAUGUGACAAGUAUAUUAUCAACUUCGACUAAUUCCCAACGGAUUUAAUUUCUGUAUGCUUAGUCAUUGUUAUAUUUUUGUAGUUAAUCUAGACGUUUCAUGCCACAUCUUAUACUGAGUAACUAUCAAUGAAAUCGUGAGAUGUUAUUCCUUGAAAGACAAGCGAUAUAUUGCCUGCGUAACCUUUCACUGCAUUAAGAGAGGGGCGGAGAUAAUAUUUUUCCCUACGCAAGAAGUUGCUCGCUGAUAUUGAAGGUAUGUUGGCCAAAUAUGCAACAGCCGUUAUUCCUAUAUGUGCAUUUGAAAUAUAACAUGUGAUUUUAUUCCGGAACAUUACUAUUCACGAGAGGGGUGUUAGUUUCUGAGAGCACUAUUUAUAGCAAAGGUUAUCCGGAUGUUUUUGAAAGGAUUGUAUGAUUAUGAAACAGCAAAUGCUUCUACCCGUUACAAUUACAAUACAAAUUGCACAACGUAAUUAGUUCUGUUUCAGACAGUACCACAGCAUUACUGCAUGUUCAAUGUCAAAGUAUAUAACCAGGACACUGCACAAAUAUAGCAUUUAUUAAGACACCUUCAGUGAAUAUACUGGAAAGUUAAAUUAUUAACUCUACAAUAACUCUGUAUGUGAUAACUAAUGCAAUGAAUAAAUGCUUUGUCUUCACUUACCUA